AUGGUGGAGUCUGAACCUGUUGUUUGGAACUUUACUCUCAAAUUAGAUAAUGGCUCGCGCGCUAAUGAGACAGUACCGGGAUACCCAGUUGAUGAGUAUUAUAACAUUGUUCACGUCACUGAAACCAAAAUCCUUCCAGCAUUUAUUGGAUUUCUCUGCUCCACCGGGCUUGUUGGUAAUAUUCUUGUUUUGGUGACUAUUUUAAGGUCAGCCAAAAAGACAGUGCCAGAUGUGUAUGUGGGUAACUUGGCUGUGGCCGACCUGGUCCAUGUGACCGUCAUGCCAUUUUUGAUUCACCAGUGGGCACGUGGAGGGCACUGGGUCUUUGGCAGUACUCUCUGCACAAUCAUCACGUCUCUCGAUAACUGCAACCAGGUGGCAUGCGCUGCAGUCAUGACCGCUAUGAGUCUGGACAGAUACCUGGCCCUUGUUCAUCCAUUUCGACUGUUGAGCCUCAGGACCAGAUCCAGAACGAUUCGUAUUAACCUCUUUAUGUGGGCGGCCUCAUUCUUCAUGGUUCUACCAGCCUGGAUCCACUCCAAAGUGAUCCGCUUUAGGGAUGGGCUGGAGAGCUGCUCCCUUAACCUGGUCUCUCCUAAAGAGGUGCUCUGGUACACACUCUACCAGACUGUGACCUCCUUCUUCCUGCCAUUACCUUUGAUCCUCACCUGCUAUAUGUUGAUUCUCUGCUACACCUGGAGAAUGUACCGCAAGAACAAAAAGGCUCACAGGUAUAAUACUAGCCUACCACGGGAGCGUGUGGUCCGCCUCACUAAAAUGGUCCUGGUUCUGGUAGCAGUUUUCCUGGUUAGUGUUGGACCCUACCAUGUGCUGCAGCUUGUUAACCUCAGAGUACAUCGGCCCUCGUUAGCAUACCACACCUGCUACUACCUGUCUGUGUGCCUGAGCUAUGCUGCCAGCAGCAUAAAUCCCUUCAUCUACGUUCUGCUCAGUGGACACUUCCGACAUAGGCUGGUCUGUCGGGACACACCCAGCAUGCCGAGUGUGGAACGGGAGAUCCAGCCCCGCUCCAGUUUUUAAUCCCAGUUCACACUGAAAUAAAAUCAACACUGUAAAAUAUAACAGAUGAAAAAAAUGCACAACCCUUUGUUGGUCUUAUGCAACAUGCUAUUGCAUUGGGAGAGAGAACUAAUUGUUCUCUUAAGCAAUUUUAAAGAAUUGCUGGGAGGGUUUUCAUAAAACAAGCAUGGGAUGUUUAAUGUGUGCAUGUUUGCAUGUCUUGCACUUUUUAAAGGGAACAUUUGUUGUAAACGCUAUACUGUUAUUUUAUUUAUUGUUUAUUAUGGAAUUUUGGCGCCCUCUACUGUUUCAUUUUUGUAAUAUUUUAAGAAGCUUAAGUUUGUGUUACAGUUUAGUUUAUUGAAAUUCAGUUCAUGUUUGAAGGGGCAUUUGGCGAUAAGCGUUGAGAGAAUAAGCAUUAAGAAAGAUGAAAAUAAAAGUGAUAAAGGAGCAGAGUCUCAAAUUUUAAGACAACAUUGAAUUCUGAAAGCAUAGUUCUGGCUUCAAAUCAAGUUAAGCUCAGUUGACAGCAUUUGUGGCAUAAUGUUGAUAAUGCUACAAAAUUAUGUAAAUUUAGCUCAAAUUGUAUUAAACCUGGAACAUUCCUUUAAAAGGGAUAGUUCACCCAAAAAUGUAUUUUCUCUCAUCACUUACUCACCUAUGCCAUGUAUGACUUUCUGUAUUCUGCUGAACACAAACAAAGAUUUUUAGAAGAAUUUUUAGCUCUGUAGGUCCUCACAAUGCAAGUGAAUGGAUACCAAAAUUUAAAUCUCCAAAAUGCACAUAAAGGCAGCAGAAAUGUAAUCCAUAAUACUCCAGUGGUGAAAUUUAUAUCUUCUGAAGCAAUAUGUUAGGUGUGGGCAAGAAGGAGUUUAAUAUUUAAAGGUGCACUCAGUAACGUUUUGUUUGUGUCAUCUUGGACUUACAGUGACAACUAGUGUGGAUGCAGCAUCAUUAAAAUCAAUAGUUUUCAGUUACAGAUGCCAUUGUAGAAAUUCACUAUUCAUAAUCAGCCAUGAUUAAUUUAAUGAAAGUGUCCAAGAACAAGACGGUUACUGAGAUUAAGCAAGUAGAAAUCAGCUGGUCAUGCGAUUCUAAAAUGGUAGCCCCCAUGAGGGUACCCCUCCCCAUGUAGAAUAAAAUAGUUUUAAUAAGGUUACUGAUAUCUCAUGUGAGCGGUCAUGAUUGUAUACAUGUUUCAAAAAGACCAACAGAGCUAAGAUAUUAUUUUAAAAUGAAUUGAUGCUUUGUAGCAUUAUCAAAUAUUUCAAAAUUAACAGAUUCAUGACUAUUUUAAAAGAAA